AUGCACCGGGAAACACUAAGUGCUGUGAUGUUGUUUGGUUGCAAGACCUGGAUUGCACGAACAGGUGAUGUGAGGCAUCCGCAGUUUUUUUACCACAGUGCGUCAGAACCGUUGCUGGUGUCCGGUGGUAUCAACAAAUUGAUAACGAGGUUCGUGGUUCGAAUCCAACCUCUGCCUCUCGAAUUACCCUGUCUAGGCUUGGGUAACCUGGCAAUAUCCCAGCUCUCUUGCCUCCUUCGGGUGGCAUGGCAGUUAGGUGUUACAGCUGAACAAACGAACGAACGAACUCAUGUACUACGCAUGCCGAAACAUCAUCUACCGAGACGAGUAUUGUUCUCCGUGUCCACUUCAGACUGGCGGGAACGGAAAGAUGCACACCAAAUGAUUUGGCAGAAUGACAUGAAAAAGAUUACAAAAAUGUUAUUUUCCACUCCGGUUACAGUCCGUGCUGGAAUGCAUGAGAAACGGUUACUGGCUCACUUGUUCAACCAGACCAGGUGGGAUGCGCAUAACCCAAUGGAACGUCCGAGCGCGAUCGAUGGCAAACCACUCCAAGUCUACUUGAAGUGCUAUUUGAACCAAAUUAUGGACAUGGAUGAAAAGAACCAGGUUUUAUCGACGAUAAUUUGGUUGGACUUGAAAUGGACGGACUAUCAUUUCAAAUGGGACAGCAAUGAGUAUGGGAACGUCCGUCAAGUCAAUCUUCCCCCGAAUCGGAUCUGGAAACCGGAUCUACUUUUGUACAACAGUGCAAGUGAAAAAUUUGAUCAAAUUUUCCCAACAAAUGUGAUUGUGCAAAAUACCGGAGCGAUAGCAUGGAUCCCACCGGGUCUGUUUCAUUCGAUCUGCGCUGUCAAGGUCAACUGGUUCCCGUUUGAUUCCCAGAGUUGUAUCCUCAAAUUUGGAACUUGGUCGUAUCAGGGCAACACAGUCGACUUGAAGUUGCAAUGUGACAAUGAGACAGAAGUGGACCAGGAGUGCAACCAUAGGAACGAAGUGGACUUGUCCGCCUAUCUAGCACAUAGCGAAUGGGCACUGGAAAGUGGCGUUAUUCGACGAUACGUCGAAAGUUACGGUGAAGCGGAUGAACUGUACAUUGCUGUAAUAAUCCGGGUGGAUAUACAACGCAAAGCACUCUACUACAUGUUCAACAUUAUCGUCCCCUGUAUGAUUAUGUCCGUGAUGUCCCUACUCGUGUUCACUCUGCCUCCGGACGCGAACGAGAAAAUUGUUCUCGGAGUGACGACGCUACUCUCCCUAACAAUGCUGUUACAACUUGUCGGUGACAAGCUACCUCAAACUUCUGCAGGAAAUCCGGUACUUGUGCUCUACUUCACCUGUACAAUUGUACUUUGCUCACUGUCGCUCGUGUGUGCGGUUGUUCUACUCAACUGCCAUCACCACUCUGGUGGAAUUCUCCAUGUACCGUGGCUGAUUGGAACUUUUGUGAACGUCUGGCUUGCAAGCGUGCUGCGAAUCGAUCGAAGUAUAGAUGACUCCGUUUCGGUCUCUGAUGCGGCCUCAUCUGUGGAUUCACCCAAUAGGUAUGUGAACCACUUCACAGCAUCACCACUAAAACUUGAAACAGCUGCAGUCAGAACGAACACAGAAGGAAUGGGCACUUCAACAACCGGAAGGCGCUUAGAACCCUGGACCAACAAUAUCAACGAUAUGGAGUUUGAAUUUCGCCCAAAAAUACUGAAAAAUAUCAGCCAGAAGAGUCACCUGCUCGAAAGAGAAAUUCCAUUUUCGGAUCGCAUAGAAUUACGAAACUUAGUAGCACCAACUUUUCUCCAGAGAAACGAACUUCAACAAGUUCCUGGUGGCCAACCAAGACGACACUUAACGACUCAUGUUUUGGAUGAAGGCAGCUACUCGUCCGGAAUGGAAUACGCUUGUGCUGCGGAGAAAAACACCGAACUGCCGGCACAAACUUUCUCUCGGCACCGCAAUGAUCCCAGCACUCCACAAAGGAAUAACUUCUCUGAAGGACCAUUGAAGAUCAUAUCGAGGGCCCCAUCUUUGUCCGAUUCCCUACCGUCCAAUCACACCAAUCGAAUUCGUCCUGUGUCCGAACAGAACUUCAACGUAGAGCGUCAAGUGCGUGAAUUUCACGAGAAGGCUCUGAUUCUCAAACGCUUGAAAGAUUUGACCAAGGAGAUUCGCUACGUGACCGGAAGAAUGCAUCAUAAGGAUGCCGAGUCAAGAACUUCAAACGAAUGGCGAUUGGCCUGUCGUGUGUUGGAUCGCCUAUGUCUAAUUGUAUUCGCAGCUCUGAACCUGUUCACAACGUUGGGGAUUCUGACCUCAGCACCUACGAUAAUCAAGGCGUUCACUACCACCGGGGCACCUUCUCAGCCAAUGUAAUCAAAAACGAAAAAUAAAGCACACCGUUUAUCUAUGACAGCAUGGAGAGAAAGUCGGGGAGAAGUCGGCUUACGGCUACGUGGCGUCAUAAUUAUCUAAUUUUGCGGACAUUCUAUUUACAUUUUAUCGAGUAAGAUUUGUGAACCUUUAAAUACUGAAACCAUACCUCAAAUUCCGCAUUUGUUUUCUCAUAAUACUAUGUAGUAUGAUUGUAAAAAGAAGUAUAAAGACGUGACAAGACUCUG